AUGCCACCCAAAACUAGCGGUAAGGCUGCCAAAAAAGCGGGCAAGGCGCAGAAGACUAUCUCAAAAUCUGACAAGAAAAAGAAGCGCAGGAGGAAGGAAAGUUACGCAAUUUACAUCUACAAAGUACUGAAGCAGGUACAUCCCGAUACGGGUAUAUCCAGCAAAGCGAUGAGCAUCAUGAACAGCUUCGUCAACGAUAUUUCGAACGUAUCGCUGCGGAAGCUUCCAGAUUGGCACAUUACAACAAACGUGCCACGAUAA